GGGUGAUGUCGAACGAGCAGCAGAGAGAGCGUACCGCAAUUGCUAUGGCGACUGGAUCAGAAGUAAAAGUUGAGGAAUGUUUUCAGUGUUUGCUCUGCAACCAACCAGUCACCAAGCCCAAACUUCUCCAGUGUCUUCAUACCUUUUGUGUAGAUUGCCUGCAGCAAGAAAGGAGUGGAACAGGUGUCAAAUGUCCCAUCUGUGAGAUGGUGACUAGGGGAGAUCCUAGCUCCUUACAGGACAACAUACUUGUGGCAAAUCUACAGAACAAAGUGAAGAAACAUCGUCAGAUUCUCGACACUGCAGAGCUGUCCUGUACCUCCUGUGAAGCCAGCACUUCUCCUGAAGCCAACACUCCUCCGGAGUUCAUGUGCCUUGAGUGUGACAAGUUUCUGUGUAGCAAGUGCUUUCACAUACAUCAAGUGCUGAUGAUUGAUCAUCAGAAGCAUGUUCAGACCUUGGGGACACUGAGAAAACUGGAUUCUGAUGAGUUCUUGAAGAUCCUUACAAGACCAAAGCAUCUUUUUUGCAGUACUCAUGAUGAUCAGCAAAUUAGUCUAUACUGCAGGACUUGCUCAGUGUGGUUGUGUGUCCUGUGCUUGGUGCUGGAACAUAAGGACCACAACUGCUGUGGUAUCAGGAAGCAGAUUGUCACAUUCAAGAAUGAUCUGAGAGAGACGCUGGGGUCAGUACAAGAGAAUGAGACAAAGUUUAGUAAAACACAGGAGGACCUGGAGAUGCUUGUAGACAAGCUGAACAAUGAUAAAUAUAAAAUGGAAGAGCUCAUUAAUGCAAGAGUUAGAGCUGCCAUUGAAAAGGUGAAGGAGGAGGAGAGCAGGCUCCUGAAUGAGCUGAAGGACCUUCACUCAGCCAGAGUACAGAAGUUGCAGGAAAGUUUAACAAGAACAGAGAAUACACUAAAAAGAAUGACUGUCAGCAAAACUUUGGUGUCACAGUUGCUUCGCUAUGCCACAGAGCAGGAGAUCUUGGAGCUUCAAGGAACUGUUAAAUCAGCACUCCUCGGCCUCCAGAGAGAGCAGCCUCUUGAUGUACAAAUGGAGAACGCAGUGAUAAAUUUUCAGGAAUGUUGGGCCCUUCCAAAGAAAAUGCUGGGCAACCUGAUCAUCUCAAAAAUGAAAUUAAACUCAGUUCCUGAUGAGAACGUACAGUUGCCUCAAUACAAUAAUCCAGAAAGGUGUGGUACAAAGGAUUCGAUGCAGAGAUCUCUGAAAUACUGCGACAAAAGGAAAUGUGAUGCACAAGCAGAAACUCUACCUCCUAUGAAACAGUGUGUGAAGGAGGAGGCAAGCAAGAGUGCAGAGGCAACUGUCACUAUUUCUUCUUCCAACAACAGUACAUGCAGUUCUGUCCCUUGCAUAGAGAGCGUCACUUCCUAUGCCCAGGACAAUGAAAGGCGAACAGAUUCUUCCAUUCUAGAUACAGUAGUGGAGCUAAUACAAAUAGAUUCAGAAGAUUCCAACUGAGAUUCAUCGGAGGUGAAUAUCCUAAUGUGAUGUGUGUCUGAAAAGUUUGAAGCAGAAGUGCAGAGAGCAGCUGUCUUCAGCAAGCAAUCUUUAAUAUUUGUAACAAACUGGAGUGCAUUGCCUGAAAGGGAGGCAGAACAAAUUUCAGCAGAUUCAAAAGACAAUUGAAAAUUUACAAGGAAAAGUGUGGAAAAACUGAGAAGAUACCUCCAAUCUGUGUUUGUUAAUGUGGUGCUGUAUGAUCUGAAACAGAGAAAACAAGAGCAGAGAUGGACCAUUCAACAUCACCAUGGCCUGAUCAUCCUACUCAGUCCCCUGUUCCUGCUUUCUUCUCAUAUCCUUUGAGCCCCAAAACCUACAACUCACUCCUUUUUGAAAACAAUGUUUUGGGCUCAGCUGCUUUAUGUGAUAGUGAAUUCCAAAGGCUCACUAAUCUCUGGAUGAAGAAAUUUCUCAUCUCAGUUCUAAAUGACCUACCUGGUAUACUUAGAUUGUGAUCCCUGAUUGAUCAUUACAAAAUAUAUUCAGAGAAAUUGGGAAGAGGGGGGGACAGCGAUCUGCACUCAUAUAUUCUUGCAUAUAUAUAUUGGUCUUACUUCUAGCAAUUUCCUUAUUUUAAAGAUUUAUAUUUAGACAUUGUUGGACUAAUACAUUAUUUUUAAACAAUCAAUAUCUAUUGCGCAGUGCAAACUGUGACAAAUGCAAUAUUUUCCCAGGUCAGGACCCAUUGUUUUGUUGAAUACUGGUCAACCCUGUUUAAACUGUCUCAUGACACACUCGAAGGCCAAGUACAUUACUGUGUGCUUAUACAGUAAAGAACAGCCCCCAGUACACCAUCAAGAAAAGUACUGAGAAGCCAGGCAAACUAUUACAGUAAAUGCAGAGAUGGGAUUAUUCUGCUGUGCUUAAGCUGGUGUUUUAUGAUCACAUCCAAAUUUCUGUUCAAGUCACUCACUAUUCUGACUUGGAAAUAUAUCACUGUUCCUUCACUGCCACAGGGUUAAAAUCCUGGAAUUCCCUCCCACGUGGAGUGCAGUGGUUUCAAGAAGACAUCACCUUCUCAACAGCAUUUGGGGACGGGCAAUAAAUGCUGACCACCAUUGAUGCCCAGCUCCCAAAAGUGAAAUAAAACCAUAAAAAAUCUAAUCACUCAAGUCACAAAUGACAUCAUAAAUAAUCAUUCCUCCUCAUCCUUCCUCAGCUGUCUGCAGUCUUGAACAUGGUAACCACACCAUCUUCCUCCAAUGACUCCCCAGCAUUAUCCACUGAGUGGGAUGCUCUCACCUGGUUCCAUUCUUAACUAAUUAUAGCCAGAGAAACAAUUGCAGUGACCUCUCUUUCUGCUCCACACAGUUACAUCUGGUGCCUCUCAAAAUCCCCCACACCAGUUCUUUUAUCUUCUUCACAAAGUAAGUUAUGAAAGAGGACUUGAGGAAUUUUCAAAGGAAUAUAGAUAAGUUAAGUGUGCAGGCAAAAAUUUGACAGGUGCAGCAUAAUGUGGGGAAGUAUGAUCUUGUACACUUUGGCAGGAUGAAUAUCAUCAGAAAAUGAAAAUACCAGAUGAGCCCUCUCCUGUGCUGUAAUGACUCCACAGCAUAGAAUGAAGUGAUUGUAACUGCUGUCAGGAUAACAUGCACUGUCCUGGAACAUGUGCUGCUUGUGAUCACACAACAUCUGCAUGUUGAGGCAGUGGAAUCCCUUUGGGUUUCAGAAAAUGGCUGAUUUCACAAGAGGUGCUCAGAAGGCAAUGUGUGGUCAGUCAGUGACAUUCUGCAAGGCCAAAGUCAGCAAUCUAAGGAAACCCGUGUAACGUGCUCCUCCUAUAUGUUUCGUCCUACAGGGAGAACUAGCCAUUUAGAUACAGAACUGACUUGAAGGGAGAGGACUAGAUGAGUCUCUCCUGUGCUGUAAUGACUCCACAGCAUAGAAUGAAGUGGUGAUGGAGGGUUGCUUUUCUAACUGGAGGCCUGUGACCAAUGGUGUGCCAUAAGGAUCGGUGUUGAAUCCACUACUUUUCUUCAUUUAUAUAAAUGAUUUGGAUGUGAACAUAGGAGAUAUAGUUAGUAAGUUUGCAGAAGACAUCAAAAUUGGAGGUGGACAGUGAAGAAGGUUACUUCAGAUUUCCACAGAAUCUUGAUCAGAUGGGCCAGUAGGCUGAGGAGUGGCAGAUAGAGUUUAAUGUAUAUAAAUGUGAGGUGCUUAAUUUUGGGAAAGCAAAUCAGAGCAGGACUUGUACACUUCUAGGGAGUGUUGCUGAACAAAGAGACCUUGGAGUGCAGGUUCACAGCUCCUUGAAAGUAGAGUCGCAGAUAGAUAGGAUAGUGAAGCAGGCGUUUAGUAUGCUUUCCUUUAUUGGUCAGACCACUGAGUGUAGGAGCUGGCAUGCAUUGUUGCAGCUGUACAGGACAUUGGUUAGGCCACUUUUGGAAUAUUGCAUGCAAUUCUGGUCUCCUUCCUGUCAGAAGGAUGUUGUGAAACUUGAAAGGGUUCAGAAAAGAUUGACAAGGAUGCUGCCAGGGUUGGAGGAUUUGAGUAAUAGGGAGAGGUUGAACAGGCUGGGGAUGUAUUCCCUGGAGCGUCAGAGUCUGAGGGGUGACCUUAUAGAGGUUUAUAACAUCAUGAGGAGCAUGGAUAGGAUAAAUAGACAAGGUUUUUUUCCCUGGGUUGGGGGAGUCCAGAAUGAGUGGGCAUAGGUUUAAGGUGAGAGGGGAAAGAUAUAAAAGGGACCUAAAGGCAACCUUUUUACACAGAGUGGUGUGUGUAUGGCAUGAGCUGCCAGAGGAAGUGAAGGAGGCUGGUACAAUUACAGCAUUUAAAAGGCAUCUGAAUAGAAAUGGUUUAGAGGGAUCUGGAACAAGUGCUGGCAAAUGGAACUAGAUUAGGAUAUCUGGUUGGCAUGGAUGAGUUGGACCGAAGAGUCUGUUUCCAUGCUGUACAUCUUUAUGACUCUUGUGGAUCCAGAUACUCAGUGGCCUCCUUUAUGCAGCAGCAUAUUAGAGAGAUCUCCUGAGGAACCAGAUAUGUAAUGGAUAUUUGGUUCCUCAGGGCAUGGUUCAUGUCACCCUGAUCAGACUGUGCUGUGCUUACAUUCUGAACUGUAGCAGUUGUUAGAUUUCAGUCACAAAAUUUUCAGUGAAACAAACAUCUUGAGCAUUAAUUCUCACUGAGAUUCAGAGUUGGUCCUCAAAAUUCCUUGGUAAUUAAGGCCUCCUUUCUGUAGCUUGUCCUGUUCUGUUUGACCUUUCCUCAUUCUCCCAGUUGUAGGGACAUAGAUUAAAGCUUGCAUUCAUUGAUUCCUGCAGUUUUACAUUUUUCCAUUUUAUUUCAGUUAUGCUUUUAAUUUUAAGGGAAUUUUUAUGGAACACUUUUUAAAAUGAAAACUGCUUUGUAUACAUUGUGUUGUUAAUUACAUAAUCAACAAUAAUCUUGGUAAUUGUAGUUUUGUUUUACCCCCCCCACCCCCAAGGAAUCCUAGGCAGACAUGGUUUUGUUUGAACUAUUGUUUUUCUAUUAGAUUUGCCGAAAUAGUUUCCUACCCAAUGACCCCCUAACUAUAAGCCAGGACAAUGAAUAACCUUGCAUUUGGGUAAGUCAAUUAUGGUGUGGAGACAGGGGAUGGAAUUUUAUUGUUGGACAAUAUAACUUGACUGAUGGUAAGUGAGAAACAAUCAGAAGGAUUUACAAACAGCUCGAGUUGUAUGGAACCGGUGUACCUCAUUGUGCCUGAAAGUAUUUGAUAAGGACUCAUUGUUCUAAGAUUCUUGCUGGAGAAAGUCUAGGUAAGGUCUCAAAAGGCUGAAUGGAUGGAGAAAUUGGAUGUAAAGGUGUCACAGCAUCCAGUGUUCGCUGCUGCUGCCAGUGAUAUCUCGUCCACCACAAAAGACAGCAAGGAAGGAACAUUUAUGCAGUGACUGGAGAGUGAUCCUGUGUAAGGUCAUUGAAAGAUGAUAUGUACCAAGGUAACUGCACCAUUUUUGGGAGCUGUCAUGAACACACAAUUUUUGUUUUUUUUAGAAAAACAUUUAAAAACAUUUCUUGAACCAGGCCAAUUUGGGGUUACUAUUUGUGCUAAAAUAAAAAUGUUAUUUUCUUUCAAUAUAUACCUACAUACAGAGAAUCUGUACAGUGUGUAAAUAGGUCAUUUGGCUCAACAAGUCCACCCAGACCUAUUCCCUUACCCUAUUUCUCAACAUUCCCCCUGACUAAUGCACCUAACCUACACAUCCCUGAACACUACGGGCAAUUUCCCAUAGCCAAUUCACCUAGCCGGCACACCUUUGGACCGUGGGAGAAAACUGGAGCAUUUGGAGGAAGACACAGCGAGAAUGUACAAACUCCAAACAGACAGUUGCCCGAGGCGGAAAUUGAACCUGGGUCCCAGACGUGCAGUGCUACCCACUGAGCCACUGUGCUGACCAGGUUCUUUCUUUUUUCUCUUUUCUGCUAUUGUUUAUAAUU